AUGAAGUCUGCUGCAGCUGUUAGUAUUAUCACAAUUUCGCAAUUAAUACACGGCGUAAAUUGUUUUUCUAAAUUAUCAGCUGAAGAUCGCCUUCUCUCAAAUAUUUUUGAAGGAUAUAAUUCAUUGAUACGGCCAGUUCACAAUGCUUCAUCUCCACCAGUUGUGGUAUAUUUCAGCUUAGCACUAGUUCUUUUAAUAAAUGUUGACGAGAAGAAUCAAAUAAUGCAAACCAAUGUUUGGCCAACAAUGAAAUGGAAUGAUUAUCAUAUGAAAUGGAAUCCUAAAGAAUACGAUGGCAUUGAGACUGUUAGAGUCCCGCCGGAUAAAGUUUGGCUUCCUGAUAUUGUUUUAUUCAACAAUGCUGACGGCAACUAUUUGGUCUCAUUCUACUCAAACGUCGUUGUUGAGCAUACAGGAGAUAUGUUGUGGGUUCCUCCAGCAGUUUACAAGAGUAGCUGCCUUAUUGACGUCGAAUAUUUUCCAUUUGACGAACAAGUGUGUUCUUUGACGUUCGGCUCGUGGAGUUUUGGAAACGAUGAGCUGCAGCUUUCUUAUCUUUCGGGCAAACGUCACGCCGAAUUGAACGAUUAUCUUCCAAGUGGAAUAUGGGAUCUGACGGAUGCGCCUGGAUUGUUGUCACAAAGUCGUUCUAAAAUUUCGUACCUAAUUAAAAUAAGAAGAAAAUCUCUUUUUUAUACAGUAAUUUUAAUCAUGCCAACAGUUCUGAUGGCUUUUCUAUCAAUGAUGGUUUUCUAUCUCCCAGCGGAAUCGAGCGAAAAAAUUACAUUAGCAAUCAGUAUUUUACUUGCUUUGGUGGUUUUCCUUCUGGUAGUAUCCAAAAUUCUCCCUCCAACAAGUUCGACUAUUCCAUUGCUUGCUAAAUACCUUUUAAUGACAUUCAUAAUGAAUAUGGUGACAAUUAUGGUCAGUGUUAUUAUCAUCAACGUUUAUUUUCGAGGACCAGCAACACACAUCAUGCAAGAUUGGGUUAAAAUUGUAUUCUUGAAGUAUCUUCCAAUGCUGCUGAUAAUGCAAAGGCCAGAUGGGGCACAGCAGGAGCUUACCAGAAUGAAACGUGAAAAUCGUGAGAAGAGAUACCUUCGAUCACCAUUCGCAUUGUUGUUCAAACGUGGUGACAGGCAAAGAGAAGAAUGGAAGUUUGUAUCAGGGGUUAUUGAUAAAUUAUUGCUUUACAUAUUUUUUGCAGUAACAACUGGAGGAACAUUGGGAAUUUUGCUAUCAGCACCGAAUGUUUUUGAGCAAAUCGAUCAAACCGCAGUCAUUGAAAUGUUGAAAAAACAAGCUGCUGAGGAAAUGCUUAACUAG